GCAUAUGUGUACGGAAGCCCAGAGGGGACAAGCCCAUAAACAAACGCGCACAGCUGAAAACAACCGAACAGUGCUGGCUUGAUGAGACAGCCUUAACAGGCUUCACAACCACGAUGGAGCUUUCUUAUCAGUCCAUUAAAAUCGCCCAUCAAACUCGGGAGGCGGAUGAGCUGAAGACUAAAACGAGGAAGAAGAACCUUUUGGUAUUGAUCCACCAUCAUUUGCUUGGGCAAGGCUUUGCAGCUGCAGCAAUGGCCUUGGACCAGGAGACAAACGGAGGUCUGAGGAGGUUCGAGGUUUGUGAUAACAUCGAUCUGGAGAUGGUGCUGAUGGAAUUCGAGAGUUAUCACUAUGUCAAGUUCCAGAAGUAUCCCAAACUCAUCAAGAGAUCGGCAGAAACAGGCGAGAGAAAUGUGAAGAGUGGGGGCAAGAGGAAUUCCUGCUCGGCUUUAAAGACUCUUCCCAGAAUUAUUUCAUCAUCCACAGCCAAGACGACCACCAGCAAUGAGAACGGAACCUCAGUGGAUCCAGACUCAUUAGAACUUGGUAUCAGCAUUUCAUCUCUCAGAACCGGACCAGACACAAACAGAAAGUUCAGUGAUGGUAAAACUGUGACUCAUGAUUCUUCUGGAGGAGCUGACACCGAUCACAUGGAGCGGCUCCUCAAACCCCUCAGUGGAUUUUCGGGCUUGAGUGGUGAGAUGAAGGAGCUGGCUGCGAUCAUCAGUGGGGACAUCUAUUUGCACAACCCAAACGUGCGGUGGGAGGACAUCAUUGGUCUGGAGGAUGCCAAGCGAUUAGUCAAAGAGGCCGUCGUUUAUCCCAUUAAGUAUCCUCAACUGUUUACGGGAAUUUUAUCUCCAUGGAAGGGUUUACUCCUCUAUGGACCCCCAGGUACAGGCAAGACACUGCUGGCUAAAGCCGUGGCAACAGAGUGCCGGACAACCUUUUUUAAUAUCUCAGCCUCCAGCAUCGUCAGCAAAUGGAGAGGUGACUCAGAGAAACUGGUCAGGGUUCUGUUUGAACUGGCUAGGUAUCACGCCCCGUCCACCAUCUUUCUGGAUGAACUAGAGUCAGUGAUGAGCCAGAGAGGAAGUAGCUUCGGGGGGGAGCACGAGGGCAGCCGCAGGAUGAAGACGGAACUGCUGGUUCAGAUGGAUGGACUUUCCAGAUCUGAGGACCUGGUGUUUGUGCUGGCUGCUUCCAACCUGCCUUGGGAGCUGGACCAUGCGAUGUUAAGGCGGUUAGAGAAAAGGAUUCUGGUGGGUCUUCCCUCUUCUCCUGCUCGCCAAGCCAUGAUCAGCCAUUGGCUGCCUCCUCUCAGCUGCACAGGAGGGGUGGAGCUAAAGACUUCUUUAGACUAUAAAAUGCUUGCUGAGCAAAUGGAGGGAUAUUCUGGCUCUGAUAUCAGACUGGUGUGUAAAGAGGCUGCCAUGAGACUCGUCCGGACAGUGUUUGACUCUCUGGAGUCUCAUCAGAAUUGUUCUGACAUUUCCGCCAUCCAGCUGGGAGCUGUGACUACAGCGGACUUUGUGGAGGUGAUCGCACACACCAAACCAUCAGCCCGGAGCCUGAUGGAGCGCUACACGGCCUUUGAGAGAGAGUACCAGUCUGUCUGAGACUCAGCUUCUUCUCUUUUUGACGGGAUAAACAUAUCUCUGGUUUCACUUUAGAACAUUUCAAAGACAUACUGUAAAUUCACUGUCAUUGCUUUGUUAGCUUUUGAUAUUUUUUAAGAUUUUAUCUUUGACAUUUAAGCUGUGAAAGUAAUAAAAACUGAUGAAAAAACAUUUUGUGAGAAAAAAAAAAAGAAUUAAAGUAAAAAAUGUUUAUAUAA